CUUGAAGACGGAGAGGUGGCUCUGGAGUCAGGAGUGUGAAGAGGUUUGUGCCCUAAAACAGAUUACAAUUACACAUUUUGACACAGUUUAAGUUACUGUACCCACGUCAAAGCAACUGUGGCAUGUAGGUCCGUUAAUUUCAUUGUCUACGUGAAAGAUAAACCGUGUGCGCGGCGGUGCCAACACACGAAAAGUAGCUUGAUGAGUGUCCAAAGUAGUGGAAGUUUGGAGGGGACGCCAUCUUGGUCCCAGCUCUCCACGUCCCCAACACGGACUGUGUUUCAGCAACAUCCCGCGGCGGUGGUGAAGGCCCAGGAAGGCACCAUGGAGGAGCUGAACAGCCUGGAUCCCCGGAGACAGGAGCUGCUGGAGGCCCGCUUUAUGGGUGGGGUCAGUGGCAGCACAGGGGGCAGCACAGGUAGCACAAGCGGGGGAACCAAAGGUUUGACCAAUAAUGAAUGUUCAAAUCAUAGUUUCGGGAGCCUCGGAUCCUCAAGCGACAAGGAAUCAGAGGGGUCAGAAAUGAAACGAGGCAGCUCUCCUGCUUAUUCUACCCCUGAGAAAAAACAGUCUGAAACCAGAGGCAGAAAAAGGAAACCUGAGAUCCAAUCAGAGAGCAGCCAAGGGAAAUCAAUUGUACGAGGACCCAAAAUAAGUGAUUAUUUUGAUUUCCAGGGAGGAAAUGGGUCCAGUCCCGUCAGAGGUCUCCCACCGGUGAUUCGUUCACCUCAGAACUCACAUUCCCACUCCGCUCAGGGCACAGCUGUUAGACAAAAUAGUCCCUCUCCUACUAGUCUGUCUUUUGGGGACCACAUGACGCAUCCAAAGCAACAAGCAGUCAAAUUUGUUCAGACUGACCUUACAGUUCUGAAAUUGGCUGCCCUUGAAAGCACUAAGAAUCUCGACCUCGAGAAGAAGGAGGGCAGAAUAGAUGAUUUGUUAAGGGCAAACUGUGAUCUCAGGAGACAGGUAGAUGAACAACAAAAAUUACUUGAAAAGUACAAGGAACGCUUGAAUAAAUGUAUCACCAUGAGCAAGAAGUUGCUCAUAGAAAAGAGCACCCAGGAGAAGCAGGCCUGUCGAGAGAAAAGCAUGCAGGAUAGACUUCGUUUAGGACAUUUCACUACAGUGAGACAUGGAGCCUCCUUCACAGAGCAGUGGACUGAUGGUUAUGCCUUCCAAAACCUUGUCAAACAGCAAGAAUUGCUAAAUCAACAGAGAGAGGAAAUCGAGAGGCAGAGAAAACUUCUAGCCAAGAGGAAACCCCCAUCAUCGAGCAACACCCAAGCACCAACCACAAAUUCAGAACCAAAGCAACGCAAAACCAAGGCAGUGAACGGAGCAGAAAGUGAUCCCUUUCUAAAACCCAGCCUACCUCAGCUGCUGACACUAGCAGAGUACCAUGAACAGGAGGAGAUCUUCAAACUGCGACUUGGACAUCUCAAGAAGGAAGAAGCUGAGAUCCAGGCAGAGCUGGAGCGUCUGGAGAGAGUGCGCAACCUUCACAUACGGGAGCUGAAGAGAAUAAAUAACGAGGACAGCUCACAAUUUAAAGACCAUCCAACACUGAAUGAACGAUAUCUACUCCUACACCUUCUAGGAAGAGGAGGCUUCAGUGAAGUUUACAAGGCUUUUGACUUGAUUGAGCAAAGAUAUGCUGCUGUGAAGAUCCACCAACUUAACAAAAACUGGCGAGAAGAGAAGAAGGAGAACUAUCACAAGCAUGCAUGUCGAGAGUACAGAAUACACAAGGAGCUGGACCACCCCCGAAUUGUGAAGCUAUACGACUACUUCUCACUGGACACAGACACGUUUUGCACUGUCAUGGAGUACUGCGAAGGCAACGACUUGGAUUUCUACUUGAAGCAGCAUAAGCUAAUGUCUGAGAAGGAGGCACGGUCCAUAGUUAUGCAGAUUGUGAAUGCACUAAGAUACCUGAAUGAAAUUAAACCUCCCAUUAUCCAUUACGACCUCAAGCCAGGCAAUAUCUUGUUGGUGGACGGCACAGCCUGUGGGGAAAUCAAAAUCACUGACUUUGGUUUGUCCAAAAUCAUGGAUGAUGACAACUAUGGAGUAGAUGGGAUGGACUUGACUUCACAGGGUGCAGGGACCUAUUGGUACUUGCCUCCUGAAUGUUUUGUGGUUGGAAAAGAACCUCCAAAGAUCUCCAAUAAGGUGGACGUGUGGUCUGUGGGAGUCAUCUUUUUUCAGUGUCUUUAUGGAAGGAAGCCUUUUGGCCACAAUCAGUCUCAACAGGACAUCCUGCAGGAGAACACAAUACUGAAAGCUACCGAUGUUCAGUUCCCAGUCAAGCCAGUUUCUAGUAAUGAAGCAAAGGCCUUCAUAAGGCGGUGCUUGGCAUACAGGAAGGAGGACCGGGUCGAUGUGCACCAAAUGGGGAGCGACCCCUACCUGCUCCCUCACAUGAGAAGGUCUAGCUCCUCUGGAAAUCUGCAGAUGAGUGCUGCUGGCUCAGGACUCGCCUCCUCCAGUAUCAUCUCAUACUGACAUCCUCGUACUGUGACGAAAAACAAAGCCAAACUGACCAAGUGUCUCCCUCUGCCUGCUGAGCCCCGCGGGCUCAUGGGAGAAGGAGCAGCCAAAAACAGGAGGAGCAGGACACACAAGGGAAGAUCUCUGCCGGCAUCCUCUGAUUUGUGCCAGACUUCUUAUUCACAAGGUUCGAUCAAUGGAGAGAGAGAGGGAGGUUUUUUUUUUUUUUUUUUUAAAGGACAUGGGUGAAAGGAUCGUUUGAGGGUCCGACAAAAGCACUGAAACUGACAACGUACCUUGAAGAAAAUGCAACUGGACACUAUUCUGAAGUUGCAGACAGAUAAAGCCUUAAAGGGCCGAAGGGAGACUUGGCAGCCGGCCGUUUAGAUAAAAUAACAUGGUCCUGCCAGGGUGCAAAUGAUUCAGCUGCUAGAUGUUAAUUUACUGUGAGGAGAGGGCCGAUAUAUAGAACUACAAAGAUUUCACUAUUGAUUUGGCUAAAUGUUUUGUUUUUCACAAGUGUUAGGCUUUAAAUUGAGGUUCUUAGCCAUGAGAAUGUAAUGUGUGGCAACUAGUGAUGUAGGGUGGGGCAGCAUACUUACGUUUAAUGCUCAAAGUAACCAAAUGUAGAAAAAUGACAAUGUAUAAAAUCCUAUGCAGGAAUAUUAAUUAACAUAAAUUGGAAACUGUAUAUGCUGUACAGGUGACUUUUCAAAGUUAAAUUGCAGCAGUACCAUGUACAAAGUUUAAAAUGUCCCCAUGUUAAACUAGUUUCCUGGAUCGUUUCAUUAUGCUGCUUUGAUGCUCUUACUUUUUCAAGGGCUGUGUUCCUCCUCUGGUACAAACUGCAGUUCUGCUAAGAGUGAAUAAUAAACACCAGGAAACAGUUUUCUCUCACAGUGAA